AAAUUAUUUGCCACUUAUUUAUAUUGAUACAUUAUCUUGUAUAAUAACUUUUUAAGCAGAUCACACGGUUUCAAAAAUGAUAAAACUCAACGUAUGAUUCCAACUAUGCAUAUGUUUCGUUAGUAAUGUUUAUGCAUUUAUAGAAAAUUUGAAGAUACAAAAACACGCAGAACGUAUCGGAUAUAGAAAAGUACAUAAAAUGUCCAAAGUAUAGUACACUUUAUAAUAUACGAUGAACGAAAAAAAUUUCUAUUUAGAUUCUACUUCUUUAUUUAUAUGUGGCGGCACUCGACAGUACAAAUACCGCCACUCGACACUAAUUAGUAAUUGACGACAACAGCGUAGUGGUUAGUGGCUUAAGUUACGAACGUUCAGAACCCGGGAUCGAAUCCCGGCAACCGAAAUCCGAUUUUUCUUCCGCCUCAUAUAUUUAUAAAGAUAUGAAUUUGCAAAAACAUCAUUCACAGUUCACUGAUAACCUGUUAUAACGAUUAAUGAGAGUAGAAAUUAACUAACCAACUAAAAUAGAAAGAAAAUAAUCUGUCAUAUGUUCAUUAAAACAUAUAAAUAAGAAUACACAUAAAGUAAAAAUAAUAAUAAAACGCGUUAAGUUGAACAUUAACGUGGAAAAUUACUGUGCACCCAUGACAGGAAGCAAAUAUUCCAAUAUAAGAGUAGCAUCUGGUUUGAUAUUCUUCCUAGAGAUUACCUGGGCCAUCACGCUGUUCGUACAGAUCUGCGUCAGAAAUGACGAGUCUCUUUGCUCGUGCUACUGGUCGGCAGUGGUGGCGAUAACGAGGGGUUGGCGAAGAGCAUUGUUUUAUCUGCCACUAUCCUGUAUUUUGGCAUGGAAACCGCACAGUCUUCGGUUGUCCUAUGUCGCGGCCGGACUUUUGGCAGUGCUAUCCUUGCUGCAUAUUGCGUCCAGUGCUUUGGUGGGCCGUGGUUCCUGCCAGAUGAGUAAUGCCAUGGAUUCGGUUGGCGAGAGUCUUCUAAGUACUAGGCCCGAAAAUUAUGAUCGCUUCGAAGAAGUUCUGGUGACGGAAGUGUUGGACGAUGGCGUGUCGGGACCAGCUGGCCGAGUGGGAGAUAGCGACGGGGAAAUAUGACACGAACGUCAACCCUCGUGGGCGAGCGAAUCGGACGAGAACAGUGAACCGGAACAAAGGACAUGUCAGAUUGCAACGGUAUCUUAGUCGUUGAUGGCGGACAGAGGGAAUGCUGCUGAUUUUGGCGUUUCGCGAGCAACACCAAAAUUUUGGCUUUCUCCGCGUCGUACAAAGGCUGCCGAUGUCUUUACGAAAACAUAAUAUACAGGAAGAAGAGGGAGAGGUCUGCGUGUUUGGAAAGUUUGUAAAAAUAGGAAGAGUGGAACUUUUUGAACGAAGUUUACGGGCGAAAAGUGAUUGUUCGAGGGCGGAUAAACGGAAACAAGUUACAAGUAACGUUGAAAAAUUCGACCAAAGAUCCACGCAGUAAAACAGAAAUACGUGAAAUUGAAGGUUGCUAGAGGUUUAUUGUUUUCUUUUUGCGUAGCUCCGACUUCCUACGAGUCGAUAUAUACUGUUGAAGUAGAAUAGAGAAAGGGAACAUUCCUGCAAAAUCGGCCUUUGAUCGAUCAGAGUUCCUUUCGAUAAGUGUGAGCACUGCGUUAAGCGUUCGUUCGGAUGUUAAUUAAAAGAAAACUGUUAACAGUCUGUCGUACUCUGAGGUAUAAUAUAAUAUUUUUGUUUAUAUAUCACUAAUAGAUGUUUUUAAAUGAUUAAUUGUAAUCUGUUGUAGUUUGCGUGAAAAGCGAUGUAAAAAGAGGUUCGAUGUAUGUAGUUAUAGUUAUUGUAAAAUUAUGGAUAAGAAAUACAAUCAUAAAUUUGAGAGCCUUUACUUAAUAAAAUAAAUAUAUAUGGUUUUAUAAAGAUUGAAAGAACUUACAUAUGAUAGAGAAGAUUAUAGAAUUAAAACAUUCCUUUAACAAAACUAUACAUCUUUCACUUAUAUAUGAAUGUAAUUUUAUAUCUUUUAAAAUAAGAACAAAUUUUGUUAAAAUAAUUUUUAUUCGUGAAAUUUUAUAUUUCAAAGUAAACGAUGAUAAUAUAGAAUUUCUAAUGAAAAACGAUGUCAAUGAAAUCUUAUAAAUGUUGGUACUUUAUUAUGCGCAAAUUUUUAAUUUGUUACCGUUUAAAAUAUAGUAACGAAAAAUGCAAUCUCAAAUUCAUGAUGAAUAAUAAUAUUAGUGAUCAAUAGAGUAUGUGAUACAUUUCGUUAGUAAACGACACAUUUCGUUUUAUGCGUGUCAUACUAAUUUAUAAACAUGUAAUUGUAGAAAUAAUAAUAGCAUAUAGAGCCUAAAGUAGACGUUUGUAUUUAAAUAGCUUCGAAAAAACACUGUAAUUGUUUGUUACAAUUUACUAUUAAUGCAACAUGUUGUUACAUUUGUUAACAAUUGUAUGA